GCUCCCCGAAAUGUGUUAACUCACCCCAGUUUCUGGCUACGUUUUAACAGCAGCUCACAGGAAGAACAUCCUAAACAAAAGAGAUCCGUUUUGUUAGGAAAAUAAUGAGCACGGUUAUCAGUCCCUCCAUGGUGUGGUUGUAAAUAUCAGGAUGCUGGAUAAAACCGAUGACCAGCAGCAGGAGGAGUCCAGGCUCUGCUCAGAGUGCGGAUGCAGCUUCAGCCCACCACAGCUGGACUCCCACUCUGAUUCCGCAUCAGCUAAGCAGAAGCAGACUGACAGCAGAGAUGCUCCAUUCAAAUGUCCAUCCUGUGAGGCUGGAGGCAGCAGCAGUCCCCCUAACGGCCGGCGGGCCCACCGGCGCAUUCGACUGGACCCCCACAGCUGCAGCAUAUGCAACAAAACCUUCAUCUCAUCUGCCCACCUGAGCCUUCACCUCACCUCCCACAACAAGGAAAGGAAGUUCAGGUGUAACAUCUGUGGGAAGUUCUUCCAUCAGUCCUCCCACUUGAUGGCUCACAAGGUGAUCCAUAGUGGUGAUAAACCAUUUAAAUGCCCCGAAUGUGGGAAGAACUUUGGGCGCGCCUCACACUUGAAGACCCACCGUCGGCUGCACACGGGAGAGAAGCCUUUUAAGUGCACCUACUGCAGCAAGUCGUUCACCCAGAAGGCCGGGCUUCUGGCCCACAUUCGACUCCACACCGGUGAGAGGCCCUUCAAAUGUGAGCAGUGUGGCGCGGGCUUCCGCUCUAUGUCCGCCCUGCUCUCUCACAAGGCUCUAGAGGCUGCCGGACAAGCCAGACCCACACCUGUUCCUGCUGUCGUUUCUGCACCCGCGCCUCCAGUCAACAAGCCACACGAAGCGCAAAGCAACAUGGCGGAUCUGAAGUGCGGCGUCUGCUGCCGCACGUUCGUACGCUCUUCAUACAUCCGGCUUCACAUACGCCUAAAAAAGGGCCAGCGACCUUAUCACUGCAAAGUAUGCAACAAGACCUUCGUCAAGCUGGAAACGUUUGUGAACCACUGUGACAAACACUUGAAGCAGAAAAAGGAAAAAAAUUGUGUUAAAUACGAAGUUGUCAAGCCUCCACAGUUUGUUCCGCACUCCAGGCCUCCUUCCCCUGAGAGCUUACCCAAUCAGGAGUUAUCCUCGGAGAUGAACACACACGUCACAGUAAAAACUGAGACUGAUGGUUAACGAAGAGGAGAUGCUUCCAAUCACUUCUGCUUCAGCAAAUGGGUACAGCACGUCAGUGUCAACUUCUGCAUUUUGCAUCAAUGUUUACAAAUGAGAAAAUAGGUAGCAGUAUCCCACAAGCCUCUGUCUUUUACCUGAUGAGAAAUACUGUCCAAGUGAACAGUUUUUGUAAACAUGAUGGUGUGGGUGUGACAAACAUGACAGAAAUAGAUGCUAAUGAGAAAACGUAUAACACUGAUGUCACUGAGUUAAAGUGGAAUACAAGAGCCGCGCAAGUACAGUGUUCACAAUUAUCAGGCAAACCUUGUUUUUAUUAAUAAGCAUACAGUAUUCAUUCAUACAGUGUUCUCGGUUAAUCCAACAUGGCGGACUGUUUUUCUUCACUGUACAUUUCCUGUUUAACUGCCCACAGGUCAGGUGAGGAACAUAUGUCAGCAGUUUUUUCCACCUUUAACACCUUUUCUGGUGAGCCUUUAUCCUGCAUAAAAAUCAUUGUCUUUU